AUGCAGCCAUCACAAUUAGCGGCGUUGGAAGAGCGCAGGGUUGUCUCACUUUCCAAUGGAAGCCAAUUAGAACUUGAACUCAAAUACUCUCGAAAUCCUGAGUCUCAGAAGCUAGUUGUUUGCCUCCAUCCAUGGUCGUGGCUGGGCGGUCGAAUGGACGAUCCCGUACUGCACUCUCUUGUCGCUGUUCUAGAAAAGCAUGGAUACCACAUUCUGAGAUAUAAUUCGCGAGGCGUUGGCGCGUCGAAAGGCUGGCCUUCGUUGACCGGACACACUGAGGGCAAGGAUCUUGAAGCACUUGUACAGUGGGCGCUCCAAACGAUACCAGAACUACGAUCAAUCGUCCUCCUUGGAUAUUCGCAUGGCUCACUUAUAGCAUCUCUUCAUCCCUUACUUCCACCGCCAGUGAAGAUUUCUCAUAUACUAUUGUCGUAUCCCUUAGGGGCAAGGAUGUUUCUAACGCUGUUCAACUCGGACAGCUACGCCCUAAAGCUGAAGGAAUUGGUUGAAAAUCCUGCUUCCAAUUUACUGAUUAUCUAUGGUGAUCAAGACGAGUUCACGGGGGCAUCUCGUUACGACGAAUGGACGAAAUCUCUGUCUAGCGAGACAGGCACAUUAAAGGUCGUAAAGGUGGAAGGAGGCUCUCAUUUUUGGAGGGGGAGGGCCAACAAUACUCUACAAAAGGAGAUAGACCAUUGGCUCGCCAUGUUCUAA